AUGGCGACCCAAGAAGCCACGAAACUCGACAUCAAGAAGCUCAAGCUCGCCGAGCGAGAUGACGAAACCAAGGCGAACCAAGUCAUCGACGAGUCUUCGCCCAUGCGCCUCCGCAUGGAGAAGUUCAUCAAAGAGCAACAGAAAGUCAUAGUCGCCGGCCUCGAAGAGCUCGACGGCCAAAAGUUCCGCACCGACGAAUGGAAGCGUCCCGGCGGCGGCGGCGGCAUCACCUGCGUCAUCCAAGACGGAAACGUCUUCGAGAAGGGCGGCGUGGCCGUCAGCGUCGUCUACGGAACCCUGCCCAAGGCGGCCAUCGCGUCGAUGCACUCCAGCCACAAGUCCAUUGCCGCCGACGCCGAGUCGCUCGAUUUCUUCGCCGCGGGGCUGAGCAUGGUGAUUCAUCCCAAGAACCCCAUGGCGCCGACGGUACAUCUGAACUACCGGUACUUCGAGACGUGUCGUGAGGACGGCACGAGCCAGGCCUGGUGGUUCGGCGGCGGCGAGGACUUGACGCCCAGCUAUCUGUUCGAGGAGGAUUGCGUGCACUUCCACCAGACGAUCAAGGACGUGUGCGACAAGCACGACAAGAGCUACUACGCGCGCUUCAAGAAGUGGUGCGACGAGUACUUCUACAUCAAGCACCGCGGCGAAGGCCGCGGCAUCGGCGGCAUCUUCUUCGACGACCUCGACGAGUCCGAGGCGAGCGCCGAGAAGACGUUCGCUUUCAUCCAGGACGCCCUCAAGUCCUUCCUGCCCUCGUACAUCCCCAUCAUGAAGAGGCGCAAGGACAUGCCUUUCACCGAGGCCCAGAAGGAGUGGCAGCAGAUUCGCAGGGGCCGCUACGUCGAGUUUAACCUCGUGCACGAUCGCGGGACGCAGUUUGGGCUGAACACGCCCGGGUCGAGGGUGGAGAGCAUCUUGAUGAGUUUGCCUGUGACGGCGUCGUGGAAGUAUAUGCAUUCGCCUGAGCCCGACACUCCAGAGCAGGAGUUGUUGGAUGUUUUGAAGAAUCCUAAGGAGUGGGUUUAG